AUCUCAGGGUUAUCAGAGAUCAAAUUCCACAGUCCCUGCCAAUCAUGAGAUUGAGUUAUUAAUGAUCAUACACAGACAAGUUUAGAGACUAAUUGUUUGAUAUCAAUCAGAUGUAAUCAGAGUAGUACAGUAUGAUGUCUUUCUUUGGCGUUUUUGUGUUGAUUUUAAUUGUGCUUUUGUUGAUAUUUUUUCAUUUCUACUAUUGGUGUGGAAUAAGAGUCCGUAGAUUAAUAUCUUCUAUCCCAGGAUACACGGAAACAGAAAGUUGGGCUUUUUCAUAUGAAGCUGCUAUAUUGCCAACAGAAGGAGUGCUUUCAUUUUUAGAGAAAGUGUUUGGGAAACAUACUUCAUUGUGCUCAAUGUGGUUUUUAGGAGUCCCAUAUGUAAAUUUGUCAUCUCCAGGGAAUCUUGAGGCAUUGCUCAAGAGUGUUCAGCACAUAACAAAAGGACGUGAAUACUUCAUUUUGGUACCUUGGCUUGGUGAUGGACUACUCACUAGUACAGGUGCGAAGUGGCAUGCCCACAGGAAGAUGUUGACACCUGCUUUCCAUUUUAGAAUUUUAGAAAGUUGCUUGCCAAUAUUUAACAGAAAUGCCCAGUUGUUAAUAAAGAUUUUACAAGACAACUUUGCAGAUGAGAAAAUAUUGAAUGUGGACACUUUUAUUUCUCUUUGCUCACUUGACAUUAUUUCAGAGGCAGCAAUGGGAGUUAGGCUUGAGGCUCAGUUGCAGAAACAUUCAACACUAGAGUAUGUCAAUGGAGUGAAAAGGAUGGGACAACUAUGUUUGAAUAGAGGCAAAUCAUUUUAUUUAGUUAAAGACUGGGUCUAUAGUUUAACUCCUGAAGGCAGAGAACAGAAAAGGCUUUUAAACAUGCUCCACAGUUUCACUGAAAACGUGAUCAAAGAAUGUAAGCAUAAGCGGAUGGUGGCAAAAGAAAAUGGUACUACCGAUCAGCAACCAACUGCAUUUGUCGACAUCCUUCUUGAGAUGUCAGAGAAUGAGCCUGGUUUGUUUACUGAUGUGGAGAUUAGAGAAGAAGUAGACACAUUCAUAUUUGAGGGUCAUGACACAACAUCAGCAUCAAUAUCUUGGUCUCUUCUACUUUUAGGACAUGACCAAACAGUACAAGAAAAAGCCUACAAUGAACUGUGUUCCAUAUUUGGCAACAGUGAUAGACCUGCAACCAAACAGGACCUAACCAAGAUGAUUUAUCUAGAAGCUGUCAUUAAAGAGUCUUUGCGCCUUUAUCCACCUGUGUCGUACAUGAGCAGGACAUUGGAUAGUGACUUAAAAUUGGAAAAACACAUAGUUCCUGCAGGAGCAAAUGUUUUGUUCAUACCUUAUCUUCUCCACCGGCAAAGUCAGCUCUAUCCAGAUCCAGAGAAAUUUGAUCCAGAUCGCUUCUUAAAACUGGACACCAAUCGUCAUCCAUUUAUGUACAUCCCAUUUAGUGGUGGGCCAAGGAAUUGCAUUGGACAGAGGUUUGCUAUGAUGGAAAUGAAAGUAAUCAUUUCACACAUUUUGAGACACUUCAGAGUCCAGGCAGUCACAAAACGAGAAGGACUAAAGCUUAUAUUCUCUCCCAUUCUAAAACCCAUGGAUGGUAUUUAUGUGACGCUAUACAAGAGAAGCUGACAAUUCCAUCAUACAAAUUAUUUCCUAGUAAAUUAUUAUAAUAAUUAUUUUUAGUAAACAUUUUUAAGACCUGUU